CCAAAGUGCAUCGCUUGGAAAUGGCCGGUGAGGCGUGCUGGUGCCGCGACUGGAAAGUACCCACUCUCAUUCUUGGGUUUUGCGCCAUGCUUAGCCGGGCUGAGCAGGACAACUUUAACGCAGAGUGUUGAAGUCUGCUGUCUGCUGUUGCACAAAGAAGGUCAAUUGACUGGAUUUCAUUCUCACUUGCUGGACACCUACAGACAGGACAAGCACACUGCUUUGCAAAAAUUGUAUGGCUUCCCAUUGUCCAUUGACAAAAUGCAUGUUGCUUUGCAGGACCUGCACAUUAACUCUGCCUUAUUUUGGAACAAAAAGUGAGUCCACUCCCUCAAGGUAUAGCUGAUGAAUAGACAAAGUCCUGGCUUCAGUUAUAUGGAUACCUCCCUCAAGGUGGCUUGCGAAUGUCCACAAUGAGAUCAGCACAGACCCUGUCCAACGCUAUCGCUAAAAUGCAGAGAUUCUAUGGAAUUGAAGUAACUGGGGAACUUGAUGAAAACACAAAAAUGUGGAUGAAGAAACCUCGUUGUGGAGUUCCUGACAACUUUGGUACAGAAAUCAAGACAAAUUUACGGCGUAAGCGGUACGCCCUCACAGGGCAAAAGUGGAAUUCAAAACAUAUCACAUUCAGUAUCAAUAACUAUACACCCAAAUUGGGAAAACAUAAGUCGCUCCAGGCUAUCCGCCAGGCUUUUGCCAUCUGGCAGAAAGCUACACCGUUAACCUUUGAAGAGAUUUCGUAUUUCGAUAUCCGAUAUGGCCGCAGGAAGAAUGCAGACAUCGUAGUCUUCUUUGCCUCUGGUUUCCAUGGUGACAGUUCCCCAUUUGAUGGGGAGGGUGGUUUCCUGGCUCACGCCUAUUUCCCUGGCAUUGGAAUGGGUGGUGAUACACAUUUUGAUUCAGAUGAGCCAUGGACACUGGGAAACACGAACCUUCAAGGGAAUGACCUGUUCCUUGUGGCAGUCCAUGAGCUAGGCCAUUCUUUGGGCCUAGAACAUUCCAGCAAUCCAAAUGCCAUCAUGGCCCCUUUUUACCAGUGGAUGGAUACAGAGAAGUUUGAGCUUCCAGAAGAUGAUCUAAGAGGAAUCCAACAAAUUUAUGGGCCACCAGAUAGCAACCCAAGUCCCACAAAUUCACUGCCAACUCUGACACCACGAAGACCAAAACAACCUGAGCGUGUGCCUCCCAAAACACCUGACAGAAAGCCAACACCAAGAGACCCUGAUCCAGGCAACCCGGACUCCACAGACGGCACCACACAAUACGGUCCAAAUAUAUGUGAUGGCAACUUUGAUAGCAUAGCAAUGUUGCGGGGAGAGAUGUUUGUGUUUAAGGGACUUUGGUUUUGGAGAGUUCGAAAUAACCGAGUUUUGGACAACUACCCAAUGCCUAUUAACCAUUUCUGGAGAGGAUUACCACCCAACAUUGAUGCAGCAUAUGAACGACAUGAUGGAAAAUUUGUGUUUUUUAAAGGUGACAAAUUUUGGCUGUUCCAUGAAGCAAUGUUGGAGCCAGGUUACCCCCGUUAUCUGAUGGACCUUGGUGCUGGAAUGCCUCGUGAUGGGAUUGAUGCAGCCAUUUGGUGGGAAAUUACUGGUCAGACUUAUUUCUUCAAAGGAGACAGCUACUGGCGUUUCAGUGAGGAGAGACGAGCAGUAGAUAAUGGCUAUCCAAAGUCAAUAAGUAUUUGGAAAGGAAUUCCGUCAUCGCCAAAGGGAGCUUUCCUCACGGAUGAUGGAGCUUACACACAUUUUUACAAAGGUACCAAAUACUGGAAAUUUAACAACCAGCUGCUGAGAACAGAGCCUGGUUAUCCAAAAUCCAUCCUACGUGACUGGAUGGGAUGCCGGGUGGAUGUUGAACCGGAUUUUACUGAGAAUGAGCCUAAUAUGGAUGUUGAUGAUGAUAAUGUUGAUGAUGAUGAAGAAGAAGAUCGAACAAAAGAAGAUAAGGAGAAAGAGAGGGACGAAGAGGUGGACAUUCAUAUUAAUAUCCCUGUGGAUGACUAUACCAGAGCCAUGAAUAUAGUGAUUGUCAUAGUCCCACUUAUUCUGCUGCUCUGCAUUCUGGGAUUGAUCUAUGCAAUCCUCCAACUGCAGAAGAAGGGGACACCGAGACUCCUGCUGUACUAUAAACGUUCCAUGCAAGAAUGGGUUUGACAUUCAUCCUGGUGCUUUUGCAAGGUGGCUCACCAAUGUGCACCACAGACAUUGAGUACAGUUGACACUGCUUCUCAGUUGUAUUUGUUUUGCUUUAAACGGCCCUGCUCAAUGGUGUUAAAUGAAGCAUUGGCCGUAGGAACCAUAAGGAACUUGGAGUAUUUUGACAUGGUCCCAAUGAAAUCGGGCUGAAAGAAUUUGUGAUGUGGUUUUAAGGUUUCAUACCCCUUUGCCUCCCUCCCCUUAACUAUGCUAAGUGGGAUGGUACAAAGUGAAGUCUGAAAUGAGGAAUGACUCCUUUUAAUGCUUCUGAAAGAGCUUUAUUGGCUAUAAAUGCACCAUACAGAACACUUGAAAUUAUUGAUAUUGUUUGAGCACAUUAUUCAUUAAGGUUAAUUCAUGAAUAAUUUCUAACUGCUACACUGACUUUAAUAUACUAAAAAUUUCUGCUCCCAAGUUGAGGAUUUUCUGAAUAUUGUCAAGGAUUAGCAUGUAAUGAAGGCAGAGAAACUGGUGAUAGUUACAAGUGAUGAAAAAAAUUGCAGCAGCCACAAAAGUUGUGUUUCUUUAUACCCUUAGAAUUAUUGCAUUUAGACAAAUUACCCCCAGAGAAUUUUAAUAAAAUUACCAUAUCAUUGGGAGAAAGUUGCUAUUCCACAGUAUCACUAAGGGAUAAAUACCAUAAAUUAUUAUAAAUGUGAGAAGCUUUUCAUUGGCUGUCUUAUAAUUGAGUUUGGUGAUUCUGUGAGAAGUCCUAAUCGGUAUUCUGAUUCUGUUGUGAUUUGACCUAUUAAAAGAAAAAAAACUUUACACUUUACUAGAUUUUAGUAGAGGACCAAAGAAAUCUGUUUGUUGACUUUUGAUAUCUUGCUCAAAGCUUUGCAUAUGUGCCUUUCCUAUUGAUUAGGUUAUUGCUCCUAUAAACCACCACCAUAGUCUAACAAGAGUCCUGACUUAACCCCUCAGAUUCAAAGCUGAGAUUCUUUAACUGUCACCCAAUUUCACUCUGCAAGGAGGAGGCAAAUCCAAUUAGCUGCAUAUUUGUCUCUCUCACCUUCUGACUGAUGAGUCUCUUUAAUUAAAAUAGAGCAAAGGUUUUAAUUGGUAAGAGUGGAACAAGCAAUUGCCUUUGAUCGGUAAUUGUGAAAAAAACAAUUGCCUUUGUGGAUAGUUUGGUCCUCAGAUGAAUAUUGUAUGUAUAAGUAGUAAAAAUGUCCUUGUCAGUACUGUAACGUUAUAGACCUGUGUCCAUAUUGGAUGCAGAAGUGUACCUGACUAGUGAUAAUUACUUACUGGAGUUUUUAAUGGGGAGCUAUCAAAAUUAAACUAAUAAUUUUAACCUUGAAUGGGCAUUGGACAUAUAUAAAAAUAAGAUGUAGCAGGAAUAGGGUUGUCACUUUCUGCUGUUAAGAACUCAAUCCUGGCAGAAUUUGCAAUUGCAGUUUUAACAUGCUUCAAAGAGAUUAUCAGAUCUGAAUGAAAUGCAGUAAAUAGCAAAUUUUACCUUGUAGUUUUUUCUAUUAAUUGUAGAAAAUUCCUAUAAUGUGUAGCUUCAUCAUCAUUAGUACACAAUCCUCUCAAUCAUAUUAUGCAGAACCAUAGGGUUCAGGUUCCACCAACGACAUUGAAUUGUAUAUCUUCACCUCUAAAGAAAAUUGGGACUCUUUGCAACAGCUAAAUGAACAUCAAUACCUGGAAGACCCAAAACUUAUUACGUUUAUUUUGAAAAUGUGAUUAAUUUUGGGCCUUCCAGGUACUUCUCAGCUGCACAUCAUCAUUAGCCUCUCCAAGUAAAUUUCAGGUUAAGUCAGGCUAUAUAACUAUGCAGUGUAUAGACCUACAGUAUUUUGAGCUUCCAAUUGAACAAGUUCUGCAUCAGCAACAUCUCUACCUCUUUUGACCUUCCCUGAAAUCCUAAGCAUAAUUUUAUUACCUUACUGCUCAUCAAGCCUGUCUCCUUCUAUCUUCUACAGAGUAUCUCAUUCAGAACAAGGCUUACAUUCUUAGUCAUACAGAAUUCUGAAUUCUCUGUACUGUACCACAGCCUUUUUAAGCUCCAUUUGGAUUGCCAGCUCGAAGAAAACUGAUUUUGCAGUUGUCUCAUCCCACAUUUCCCCCAGUCAUUAUCUCGUAGGAUGCAGUCUAUUUCCCCAAUAUUGAGUAUAGCUCAUUCUCUACUUUGUUACCAUGUUGCUUUCCUUGUGUGGUUGAAACCUCUCAUCGGCCAUGAAGAUACCCACAAUGGUUGUUUAUAUUCAUUCAUCAUUUGUGUUUCCAAUAUAAGUGCCUUCGGGACAACUUCCUGUUCAUGAGUCGUGUAAAGGAAAAGGAAAUCUACAAUAAACAUUUUCAGAAAUCCUUUGACAAAAUAGGACACAACAAAUUGGGUAGAAAACUAACAAAAAUUCAAUGCAAAACCUGGAAACAUAAGAAUUUGGUUGAUGUUCCUGUUGGGUAAAGACCAGAUAAGAUAAAUAUUAGAAUCCAUUGUCCUUCAACUACACUAGAACAUCUUAGUUCAAAUAUUAAAUGUUUUUUUUUAAAUCUUUAAAAAAUAUGAUAUUGGUUAAUGCAAUUAUAAUCAUUAGAGCACCUAGGAAGCAAUUGAAGAGGUUGAUAAAAUCUGUGAUAAAAGCAAACUGCCAGAAAUGCUUUGCGAGUAAGUCAGCAACUAAAGGGCAGAGAACAUUUCAGAUUGCUGAUCUUUCAUCAGACCUCUUAGGUAAAAUGACAGUCAAUAUUGUGUAUAGAUAUUUAUGAAAUUUGCAUUUGGAUGAUAUAUUCUUAAUGGUGUUGACAUACCCAAGUGUGCAGAUGGAAAGAGAGAUAAGAUUUUAGACAGUACACAAUGAGACCCAUUAUAAGAAAAAAAUGGUGAACUUUAUAACCAAUUAGUGAAUUAUGUUAGAAAGUAAAAGUAAAGUUGGAACUUCAUUGGCCAAAAGACAUUGAGAUUUCACAGGUGGUCCUCAGAAGAACCAUACCUGAUGCAAGAAAAUGCAGAUUUAACAAAGGUAUGGAGACAAUGGUCUCCACUUCAUCGAUGAAGCUUGAAUCUCUUACCUUGAUAGAAAAAGACUGAAAGGUGAGCUAUAUAAUGGAAAAAGAUAAAUUUCAAACAGAUCUUUGUUAAACACAAAUAGAAGAAAGUUCUGUCUGGUAAAAUAUAAUUUAGGUCCAAUUUUCAUAUAGGGUAAUUAUCUUUGGAUCGAAUACAGGGCAGGCAAAAUCAUUAGCAGACAUUUGAAAGCUGAAAAUAAAACUUUUUUCCUCUAGGUGGAUGAGCUAGAUCAAGCAAGUAGCCCUCAACCAUAAAGUUCUUGUAAACUUAAAAGUUCUCAGAUGUCAAUUCUGAAGCAGCCAGUCAAAUAUUCAAACAACCUCUAUGAUAAAGUGAUAAAAAGGAACUCUACUUUCUUCUGGAAGAAGAUCAGAUAUUGCCACGAAAGUUACAUCAGUUAAGAUAAAAAAGCUAAUUUUAAGAUUAACAAAUAGCGUUUUCAUAUUCAGUUAAUAUUUUAGAAUUACCUAGGGCUGUCCACUUAUUGGAUAGUCUGAUCCAAAGCAGUAAGUGUAUAUUCUGAUUGGAAUUCUGCACUGGUCACUAAGAGAGGACACUGAUUCCAUAUCAUACACUCCAUGUGCCUUUACAUUGAGCAGUUAUCAAAAUUUGGAGCUUUUCUAGUAGGGCUCUUCAUUCUAACCUAAAUGUUGCAGGGUAUCGAAGCAGCCCAAAAUUUCAAAAUUUGCAUUAACUGAUGGUCAGUUAAUUUCUUUUGCCUCUCUGUAGCACAUUGCUGUCAUCAGUCCACAGUGAUGUGGUGAUUUAUAGGUACCUUUUGAAUUUGGUGCUAACUUGGACGAAGAGGGCAGCAUUUAACAGUGACCUCACCAGUUUAUUAUAGCAUGAUCUGGGCAAAUUGUAGUUUUACAUUUUUAGGAAGGAGAUCAUAUAUGCUGGAUUUGUGUGGUGAAUCUUUUCAAAAUAAAAUCAAAUAACUAAAUUUGAGAGCAAUGCUGUCUGAAACUGGUUCCCAUGACCUCUUGUCCAAACCACCCACUACAAUACUGGUCACCAAAUAUUGCUAAGGUGCUUAAAUCGUGUCAUUCAAUGUAUCUAGAAAUGAUGCAAUUUAGAAAAAAAAGUUAGAAGUAUGUUUUUAUUUUUAAAAUAAAUAUGUUGUGUAUUUAGAUUUUCUGAAGUUCUUUUUUUAAUUGGUUCAUGCUGGGCGUGUGUUGCAAUUAAAUACCACAUAUGAAACUC